GGGAGGUGAAAGUCUGGACUUUCGUAGUUCGUCGAUUCAGCGAGGCAGCAGACGGUAAAAUGAACCAGAAGCGUUGAUGCCCCUAUGUCUGUGGUGGUGUUUGAGAUACAUGAGCAUAAGCCCAUCAAGAGCCCCAGAAUUAAGCGGGCAGAACGUGAGGCCUUCAGCGAAGCGGUUACGGAAUCGUGAUUUCUUGGUGCGACACCUCUCAACUUGGUCAGUACAAGAUGAGACUGCAAGCUGCAAGCUUGGGAGCACAAUGACAUUGCACAUGACCUCCGUCGGCGCAAGAACACAAGCGCAACCAAACAUAGCGGCGGGCCGAAGCCCGUCUGACGCAAGGAGUCUCGGAGAGGCAUAUGCGUCUUGCAUUAGGACCACUGCGAACCGCCCGAGCCCUACAUUCACCACUCUCUGGCACCAUGACAAACGAGCGCAACAUCGUCAUCAUUGGCGGCGGCAUCAUCGGAUGUACAACCGCCUACUACCUCACCCGCCACCCUUCCUUUAGUCCUUCUUCCACCAAGAUAACCGUGCUUGAAGCGUCCAGGAACGGAGUCGCUCAGGGCGCAUCGGGAAAAGCGGGCGGACUGGUGGCGUCGUGGGCGUUCCCUCGGGAGCUGGUGGACAUCUCCUUCGCGGAACACGUCAAGCUCGCCGAGGAAAACGGUGGAGCUGCACGGUGGGGAUGGAGGUACACGAACUGUGGGAGCUGGGAGGGCAGAGGAGCCGCCGACGGAGAGGGAAUAGCAAAGAGCGGGGAGAAUGGCGGUAGGGCAUCCACAGGGCUACCAGACGAUCUGGACUGGGUUGGUGGAGACCUCACUACCGCGUACAGCCCUAUCGCAGGACACAAAGCAAGUGCCCAGGUCCACCCGUAUCUGUUCACUUCUGGUAUGAUGGACCUCGCGAAGGAAAAAGGUGCAGAGUUGAUCAAAGGCAAAGCUGUGAACAUCAACAAAGAUGGUGGUCGAGUCACCGGUGUCACCUAUCAGGAAUCAGAUGAGGCUCAAACAAAGACCAUUCCCGCGACUCACGUUGUCCUCGCCGCUGGACCAUGGACCCCUUCCCUCGAGCCGUCCGUGCCCAUCUCUACCACCUUCGGCUGCAGCAUCACCAUCCGCCCCAAACCGUCCGUUACCAUCUCGCCGUACGUUCUCUUCACGGAGAUACAGCUGCCUGAGUCGGACUCCUUCGGAAAAGCUCGAGUAGUGUCUCCCGAGAUCUACACCAGGCCCGACAACGAGGUAUACGCCAGUGGGCACGGGUCCGUUCCCUUGCUACCCGACAACAUAGACGACGUUCCCGUGAGCGACGAAGACUGUAACCGCAUCUUCAGCUAUGUAGCGAGUAUAUCUCAGGAGCUUCGGGAGGGCACCAUAGAGAGGCGCCAAGGGUGCUUCCGGCCGGUCGUGAGCACUGGGGGAGGUCCAAUCAUCGGCGAGGCAGGAAAAAUUGCGAAGGGCCUAUACAUCGCCACAGGCCAUACGUGCUGGGGCAUCUGCAACGCACCUGGUACCGCAAAAGCACUAGCUGAGCUCAUUUUCGAGGGGAAGAUCAAGUGUGGACGCUUGGAUAAACUGGCACCGAAUGAAACAGGUAAAAUGGCAGAACAAAUUAGAAGGUUGUCGCGGUGCUGGUCCGUCGACGUUCAGGUCCACGAGGCACGGACGGGCGUAAACAGAAGACUGGAACACGUGCUUCAAAGCCCCUAUUUUCCCCACAACAUGAAAUCCCUACUGGAACAAACGUCACACCAUGCGGCUAUAUGUGCGAUACUGUUAAAUGACUGUAGCGCAAACCAGUAUCUUGCAAUGAAUGGUUCGUCCGGCAUGGCCGAGGUGGAAGUUGGGUGAAAGAAGCAAAUGCGGUGCAGGAUCAUAAUGAGAUACAUCAUGAUCAUCUCAAGUGAGCUCAACGAAGAUAUAGCAGAAAUUAUUGUAGCAAAGUAACACGAGCUCAAUCUUCUAAAACCAUUUGGACUGA